AUGGCUUCCAAUUUUAAUGACAUAGUGAAGCAGGGGUACGUGAGGAUCCGGAGCAGACGCCUCGGGGUGAGAAGACGCUGCUAUCUGUCCUGGAGGAAGUGCAGCCAGAAUGCUCCUUGGAAGCAAGAAUGGCCAGACUUCAAAUAAAUCUGUGGAUGAGGUUGCCCUUUGGUUACGGAACUCAACAAUGUGAAGAAUGUUGCCCGGUUGCCAAAGAGCACCAAGAAGCACGCCAUAGGGAUUUAUUUCAAUGACGAAACCUCUAAGACGUUUGCUUGUGAAUCAGACCUUGAGGCUGAUGAAUGGUGCAAAGUGCUCCAGGUGGAGUGCAUAGGGACGCGGAUCAAUGACAUCAGCCUUGGAGAGCCUGACUUACUGGCUACUGGUGUGGAGAGAGAACAGAGUGAGAGAUUCAAUGUGUAUUUGAUGCCAUCUCCUAACUUAGAUGUACAUGGCGAAUGUGCCUUGCAGAUUACAUAUGAGCAUAUCUGUCUUUGGGACGUCCAGAAUCCCAGAGUCAAACUCAUCUCUUGGCCGCUAAGCGCCCUGCGGCGGUAUGGACGCGAUGCCACGUGGUUCACGUUUGAGGCAGGGAGGAUGUGUGAGACUGGUGAAGGGCUGUUUAUCUUUCAAACACGAGAUGGGGAGGCCAUCUAUCAGAAGGUCCACUCUGCUGCCUUGGCGAUAGCUGAGCAGCACGAGCGUUUGCUGCAGAGUGUGAAGAAUUCAAUGCUCCAGGUGAAGAUGAGUGAGCGGGCUGCCUCGCUCAGCACCAUGGUGCCCCUGCCCCGCAGCGCCUACUGGCGCCACAUUACCAGGCAGCACAGCACAGGCCAGCUCUACCGCCUGCAAGAUGUCACCAGCCCUCUGAAACUUCAUCGGACAGAGACUUUUCCUGCCUACCGAGCUGAGCACUGA